AUCUCUGCCGCCUGAUGCGGAAUGGAGCCACCCAUCUGUUGACCGCCUGGCGCAAUCUGAAUAACGCUUCAAAAAAAAUCUCCCAACAACUCGGAGCGCGCACCGCUGCGUCUUUGUGCUCAGAUCGGAUCGGUUGUUAACAAGCUAUGGGCUGAUCAGAUUAAGACCGCGAACAAAGAAACAUAGCACCGAAGGCUCCUAAAGAAGAGUCAAUUCCACCUUAAAUGCAAUUUGCGUUUGUGGCGAAGACCCAGGCGCCAUCUUCGGUCCACCUUAAGCGCACAAUGUGGCCAACGAACGCAAGCGUACCAGCCAGGCUUCCGUCCUCAUUCUCCAGCCGGGGAUCGCACUUUGGCUUCCCAGCUUUGACACAGCGUCACUUGUGAAACAAACAAGGGGGGGCAGAAAAAAGACGCACUCGGGCCAAAACCUCCAUCAGCAGGAGAAAGAUGUCCGAACCCAAUAAGUACCGAGAGUGGAUCCUGGAAACAAUCGACUCUCUCCGCUCGAGGAAAGCCCGUCCGGAUUUGGAGAGAAUCUGUCGAAUGGUCCGGAGACGACAUGGGUCAGACCCGGACCGAACCAGGACAGAACUGGAAAAACUGAUUCAAGAGCAGACCGUGCUUAAAGUUAGCUACAAGGGGUCCAUAUCGUACCGGAACGCGGCGAAGGUGCAGAGAAAAAGCCGAAAGAAGAGUGAGUUUACGGCCGCUGGCAGCAGCAGCAGCGGCGGCGGCGGCGCGGAGGCAGCGAGGGAGCGAACCAAACACGAUCCUGGGAACAACAACGGCGACAGUGCGCACAGCUUCACCGACCAGGAGGAGGGAGAGGAGGACUCGGAGCCCAGCCCAGAUCCCCGCACUCAAACAUCAGCCAGCCCCACCGGCAAGAAGCUCAAGCCUGCCUCCAGCCCGAGUAGCGGAAACGGUUGUGGCGCAACAACGGGCUCCGCUGUCGGGAGCGGCUGUAAAGAGGAGAAAGCAAGUGCACCGAGAGACGAGGGAUUAGCGGGGGGAAGCCCGGUGCCCUGUUUGGGCCACAGAACAGGCGCACACGACGGUGGGGAUGCCGGCAGGACAGCGGGGAGCGGAGCUGAUGCAGUUGGCGCGGAGAAGGAGCCCGGUGUGUCCGGAGCUGACAGCCGGAGCAAAACUUGCUCCGGGAGCGUCAACAGCCUCCAGCAGCACCAGAGACAGAAGCAGACUGUGCCGCUGAAACCCAAACUUAAGCUUGCGGGAGGCAGCGCCAAAACCGCGGGGAACCACGCCAGCUCCGACCUGGGCGACAGAUUGGUGGCUUCUGUUCGCAGCCUGUCCGAGAGGAGCCUCCGAGGGAGCUCCGCCGCUGCGACCAGAGGCCACAUGAAGCCGCUCGGGCUGAAGGAGAUUCUGGGUUAUCUGAGCAGCCAGGAGCGGCUGUCAGAGGAGAAGCUGACCCGAGGCAAAGUCAAAGUGGUCAUGGAGAGAGAGGUGGCGAGGGGCCGGCUGCGCAGGACCCGCUGCGGGAACAUCACUCUUCCUCUGCGGGGGAUGGCGGUGGAGGAGCCGAAGAAUGCGUCCGCUGACAGACUUGCGAGAAGCGCACUGCAGGACAAACACACGGUGAUAAAGCCUCCGUCGCCGCCGUCUCUCGAGAAUGAGCCGAUGGAAGCAGCCGGUGAAGAAGAGGAGCGGAGAGAGAACGAGGAAGAGAUGGAAAUGGAGGACGAGGAGGAUGAUCCCCGGAGUUCUGAUGAGGAGGGAGGACUAUCCCCGGUAGCUAUGACAACCGAACCAGGGCUCAUUGAGAAAACCACAGAAGAUGCUGAGAUCCAGGCAGCAUCAAAGCAGGAGAGGAGCCUCCAUCAGCUGCAGCAGAGUGGCAAAGCAGUGUCCGGACUUGAUUUCCUCCCCAAAACGCCUCCACCUGUUCAGGGAGCCUCGCAGUGUAACGGUGCACGCAUGGAGCAGAGAACUGCUGCCCCCGAUCAGCUCCAUGUGCAGGCAGAUAAUCAGACGCAGCCUGACAGAACAAACCACACCUCCUCCGGCUUUAACAACCUCGAGUGUAAGACAGAGGUCGGAGUGUCGUCAUGCCUGCUGACACCCACUGCCUCCCCGAGAGACUCCGGCCUGUCUGAAGAGCGAGGGAUUAGUGUUAGCAGUGGAGGGCUUAUUAAAUCUGAGGGUACCAUUGGGAGCCCGGUGGACUGGACAGUGUCUGAUGUAGUCAGUUAUUUCACCGCAGCAGGUUUCCCAGAGCAGGCUGCUGCCUUCAGGACCCAGGAAAUCGACGGAAAGUCUCUCCUCCUGAUGCAGCGUAAUGAUGUGUUGACCGGCCUGUCGAUCCGGCUCGGGCCCGCCCUCAAGAUCUACGAGCGCCACGUAAAGGUUCUGCAGAAAACACACUUUGAGGAUGACGACUGCUAACAGCACACAAAACACACGCAGACUGUUAUGUUUGAAUCUGCAUAUAGCUCAAGUUAUAUAAAAAUGCAUGCAUGAUAUACAGUACAGUACACUUAACGUUCCAUCCUGUGUUAGACAGUACACACACUCACACACACACAUUCACUGUUUGUCUUCCUCCUGGUCCUCUACAACUGGUUUGGUCCCUUUAAGCGACACAGAAGCAAGACUGUAUUUUCUGGACUUUCGACCAAACAGAGCACAAAUGUUGGAGGAAGAAAGCAGGCUGACUGACUCAUUAAAGAGACAUUUCAAGAUGCAGAUAUUCAGAACAAUCAUGCAAAUUCCUUUUUAAAAUUUUUUUUUUAUUACAACAAUUAAGCACUUUUAUCCAUUAAACUGUGCAAGAUAGUUUGUGUCUAAACUGCGACUUCAUGCUGAUGUUUAUGCACAUUUUUAAAGCGGCAGUGGCUGUUCUGUGUCGAGGGAGGGUGAAUUUUUUUUUUUUUUAUGGGGCUGUGAUCUGAGGGGUUCUUGUUUGUGAGUAAGCGUUUUUCCACUGAGAUCAUGUUUGAUAGAACAGCGGCAGUUUAGAAGUUGAGCAGAUGAAAUACAUUCCCAGAAGCAGGAGCGCAUUGUUGAGAUGCUAAACCAAAUUAUUUGUCCUAUUUAUCCAAAAUAAAAAAUCUGGUGCAGGGUUUGUGACCUUUUGCAAAUGAUUGUUGGUCAAAGCAAUAAACUGAUGAUUUCUCCCAGGAUGUUUGAGAGGUCGUUGGGCCUUCUGAGCUUGUAAAUUGUCAGGUGAUCGAUUCUUUGUAGCCUAAUGUGAAAAUGUGACAUCAGCUUUGUUUUUGAACCAAUCUGUUUAUAAUCUGCUGUGGCCUAUGCAUCACCACUUUAGAGACUGGUUUCACAAAGAUACAAUUUGGCCUGUAGCUUAGACCAAAAAAAUUAUCAAACAUGUUUGGACCUGAAACUGAAUCUGAACAGUAAUGAUGAUACAGAAAACCACAACCAACUCUGCAAGUUGACAGGAUUGCUUCCUUUGGUUUUUGCAUAUGAAACCCAGGAAGUCAAACUGAAAAUGCUCAACUGUGACGUUGAUGCCUUCCUUUACUCAUGAUAUGUCCUCUAGCAUAUAAAGACACCACAGAGAAGACACAUUGAGCACCAAAAUAUGCCUUUAAUGUGCAGGGCUCAGUAGUUGUCAUUAGAUUAAGCUAACCUGACAUUAUUUACUCAUGGAGUCAAAUUUAGAUAGAUACAAAAUUCUGUAAUUCAAGAUGCCUUGUGAUAUUUUUGUGAAUAUGGUUUAAAAUUUAUAAGACUCACCCAAAACUUAACAAGAGCAUUUGUUAAGUUUUUGGUCCGACAUGUUGACCCUAGUACAGAUUUUACUGAAUGGACCAUAUACUACAAAGCAAAUGUUAGCUUUUUCAUUGCUAGAUAUUCAAUUACUGCUGAAUAUCUAGCAACAGCUAGUUUCUAUGUGAGAGCUAAUUUGAGAUUCAACCCAUUUUAAUUUAGCCAUGCAAAACCACAGAGAAAUGGAGAGACUCGCCACUUGUCCUUACCAAAAAAAUGUUGUUUCCUUGUCUGGAAAAAGUCCAAAAAUUCAGGAAAAAUUUCCCCCAAAUUUAUAAAAAUUUGCAAAAUCUUCAGGAAGAAAAUUCCUGAAGAGUUUCCCUCAAAAGUUUUAUUUUUAAAAAUAAAAAAAUCCCCAAAUUCGACAGCAAAAUUCACUGGAUUUUUUUUUCUUUUUCUGAAUGUUCUUAAACUUUGUUUAUUUGUUAUUUUCCACCAAAAAAAUGUUUAAAAAAUUCCUAAAAAAAAUUUGAAAAUGUGGAUGUUUUCACUGUAAAAAUAUUUUUUUCCCCACAUUUUUAAAACUUUAAAACAGGUCAAUUUGACCCGCAGGAUGACAGGAGGGUUAAACAAUCCUGGAUAGAAAUCUAUGGGAGAAUUAUGUAACGACAAAGAUGGCGGUUGUAUGACACUUGUUUUGAAUCUCCUCUCAAAAAGCUAAUCGUCUGCUUUGUAGCGGCCAAACUGGGAAAGAUCCAGCCAGCCAUGGUGUCAUGUAGCACAAUCACCUGACUUAUUUAUAAGGUCUUUAGCAUAAUUAGUCAAAAUCUGAACCCUUUGUAUUUCCUUGGACAAAUGAAAAUGACUGACUGAUGUCAUCACUAUUAUACAUUUGCUAAAAACUCUUUACUGUCACAGCAAAGCCACAGAUUAUGAGCCAUGUUUUCCUCUUUUUUUGGUCAUUUGGUAACACUGAUCAGCAGGCAUCGCUGACUGUUACCAUGAAAGCAUAGCUCCUAAUUCAUUCUGAAGUUUAGUUGGCUUUUCUAGCUUUUUAAACUUGCAUUAAAGCAAUCUAAGAGUUCAAUUAAAACUGUCCUGAUACUAGAGACGAGCCCACAAUAUCUCUGUGAAACCAGCUCCACAUGAAGCUGCAGAAAUGUUGAUCAAAAACACCAGCUAACUAAACUGAAAUCAACCGAACAAUCAACUCUUGACUAUAUAUGAGAGAGUGAAUAUGUAAAUAAAUUGAAACAGACUCGUGUGAUACAUUAGACAUUUGUAAACUGUUGGAGUAAUAUUAACUGAAAGAUGUUAUCGCAGGGUAAAGAUGAGUCAAUCAAUCAACUAAUCUUAACCCACCAGCAUUUUUUAACAGUUUUUAAUGGUCAAUAGUUAGCAACCAAAUGCUGUCAAAUUGUCAUUCCUGCCCACACUUAAUAGAAAACGUUGCAGGUUAUGCAUCACAAAAAUAUAUAUUUUUUCCAUUUAUUUUUCUGCCUUUGUUCUUUAUUUCAGCAUAUUGUUUUGAUUUUGUGAAAUGUUCAUAUUGUCCAUUCUCCAUGCACUGAUGUUCUAAUCAGAUCUGAUGUUUCUUUGUGAAUUUAAACCUUCUCUACCUCUCACCUUCAUUCUUCUUCCAAGAAACAAUUUUUCUAGGUUUUUCCAGUUAGUCGUCUGUUAACUUCAUUUCAUUCCUGUUUGUUACAUCUGUUGGAGAGAACAGCUUGAGUCCUGAUUCUCACAAAUCAGAAUGUACAGUGUGUCUCUGCCCUUUCGUUGCUUGUCUCCUGGUAUUUGUUAAAGGACAGUUUUUAGUAAUAAAAAAUUUGAAUUCAAACAUC